UUUAGUUGCGUGCCGUUUGUUGCACUGGACACCCGUCUUGUUCCUCCAGAUGUCAUGCCAGCAAUGUGCAUGACAUCAGGCUGGUUGCUGUCCAUAGCAUUUAGCCUCGCGUUCGGAGCCAUGUUUGCCAAGACGUGGCGUGUUUAUGUGAUCUUUGGAAACAAGUCUGGGAGAAUGAGAAAGCCCCUACAGGAUAAACACCUGUUGCUGGGGGUGGGGUCUUUAGUAAUGGUGGACGUGGCUGUAAUGGCGACGUGGACAGUGAUAGAUCCGAUGUACUUGACGUAUCAUAUCCAGACAGACACGUUAUUCCAGGAAACGGACGGGAAACGACUGAUAACGAAACACGAGUCCUGUACGUCGGAGUUAAAGACGUAUUGGAUUGGCGGUCUGCUGGCAGAGAAGGGAUUGCUUCUGAUUUUUGGGUGUUUUUUAGCCUUUGAGACGAGAAGGGUCUUUGUGCCGGAGUUGAAUGAUUCCAAGUAUCUAGGCAUGUGUAUCUACAACACCUGUGUUUUGUGCGGAGUUGGCGCCUCCGUCGCCAUGAUUGUGUCGGAGAGGCCAGCUAUCACAUUCGCUUUCUCAUCUCUUUGCAUCAUAGCGUCAGCUGCCACGACGUUAGGCUUGCUGUUUGUUCCUAAGAUUAGUUACGUUAAAAAACACCCCAAUGGAAAGCAACCUGAUGGCAUAACGUCUACUUUCAAAGCCAGUUUAAGAAACGUUCAUAAAGAACUUUCAAAUGCAGCGUCCGUUUUUAGGAGCAGUGGCCAGGGUAAUGAAGAUAACCUAAGUGACAGAAAGAGCGCGAGUUUAAAUACACCUUUGGCAGGAUUGCCAACGGUUAGGUUUUAUUCUGAACUUGGCGGUACGGAAAACGAUUCACACAGCAGGUCUCAGAAAGCUAAAGUCACUGGAAUAAUAAACCAGUCGUUCUCCACGUGUGACGCAGACGAGAAUGGAGGAGAUCACGAGCCAACAGUUCUCCCGUCGAGCGGCGCCACGUGUUCCAACGUUGAAAACCGUUGUUUUAAAAACCACGUGGUUGUUGGUAGUUGUACGGGGUUAUAUGUACCAACAGUUAAUGAAGACAGUCGCCUUUAACAACAAUUGAUUAAACAAGCAAAAGGAAAGAA